UUUUCUUCAUCUAGCCUGAACAUAGUCAAAAGUUUUAUAGGGUAGGGAAUUUUGUACGGAGUCGUAAUACAUAUGCAUACGUACUUAUAAGUUAAGCGCCUCGAUACGUUGACAACGAGACGUUCUUUCCCAAUCGGUGUUGAAAAGUUCUAUGAUUUUGGACGUGAGACCAAUUGAAAAUAAAGAAGGGUCGGCGUGGCGCGCCUUAUGCCAUUAUUAAAAAACAAUCCAAAUUAAUGUCACAAUGGAAAGGUUAAAAUGGUGGGUGAUAUCGUGUCUUUUUCUCCAAGUCGACACUUUUUAUAUACCAGGUGUUGCACCUGUAGAGUUUGCCAAGGGUCAGCAGAUCGAUGUAAAAGCUGUCAAAAUGACGAGUACCCACACGCAGUUACCUUAUGAUUAUUACUCCUUACCAUUCUGCUUACCUAAGAACGGCACUAUUUACAAAUCUGAAAAUCUUGGAGAGGUCCUUAGAGGUGAUAGGGUGGUAAACACUCCCUACAUCGUUUCCAUGCAUAAAGAUGUGUCCUGCCAAUUGCUCUGUCACACUGCAAGUAACCGAAUGACGUGGAAUGAGGAAGAUUCGCAGCGUGUCAUCGAACGGAUUCAGCACGAGUAUUCAGUUCAUUUACUAAUUGAUAAUCUACCUGCUGCAACGAGACAGGUUCAUCCAGAAACUCGAGAAGUUGCUGUUCAGCACGGAUACAGGCUUGGAGGGAUUAAGAACGGCCAGGUUUACAUCAACAACUAUUUGAAACUUAUCCUUAGCUUCCACAAACAUGGAGAAAAUGAUUUCAGAGUUGUCGGAUUUGAGGUAGAGGCACAUUCCGUUGAUGUCGACCAGUUGUCGUUUGAAGGGGACACCACUUGUGCUAUCCCAGAAAUUUACAAGCCACAGUUUGUCAAAAACAAAGGAGGUACCAGGCUCUUAUUUCUUUACUCAGUUGAGUGGCAGGAGUCCGCAGUAAGUUGGGCAAGUAGGUGGGACGUCUAUCUCGGCAUGAGCGAUGUGCAGAUCCACUGGUUCUCUAUUAUAAACUCUCUAGUUGUCGUUUUUUUUCUCUCCGGAAUACUUACUAUGAUCAUGGUGCGGACCCUGAGACGUGACAUAGCGAGGUACAAUGCGGGCGAAAGUGACAGUUUGAGUGGCUUAGAUGAAGCAAUAGAAGAAACUGGUUGGAAACUUGUCCACGGGGAUGUUUUUAGACCUCCGACGAACUCAAGGCUAUUCGCUGCUGUCAUAGGAAGUGGAAUACAGAUAUUUUUUAUGACUUUGAUCACCAUUUUUUUUGCGAUGCUUGGAAUGCUCUCACCUGCAAGCAGAGGGGCGCUUGGAACCUGCGCAAUAUUCUUGUACGUUUUCUCCGGUUUGAUAGCCGGCUACUUUUCAGCACGUUUGUACAAAACGAUGCGAGGAAGAGAGUGGAAAAAAGCUGCGCUGCUAACAGCAACACUUUACCCGGGAAUAGUUUUUAUGACUUGUUUCUUCUUGAACUUUUUCAUCUGGGGACAACACAGUUCAGGAGCAGUACCCUUCACAACCAUGCUUUCGUUACUUUGUCUCUGGUUUGGAAUAUCUCUGCCACUUGUUUAUCUUGGCUAUUUCUUUGGAUAUAGGAAACAGCCUUUUACACACCCUGUAAGAACAAAUCAGAUCCCAAGACAAGUUCCUGACCAACUCUGGUACAUGAAUCCAGUCCUAUGCACACUCAUGGCAGGAAUUCUGCCUUUUGGAGCGGUAUUUAUAGAGCUAUUUUUCAUUCUCACCGCGCUCUGGGAAAACCAAUUUUAUUACCUAUUCGGUUUUCUGUUUCUUGUUUUCUGCAUACUCGUCAUAUCGUGCUCCCAAAUAUCCAUCGUGAUGGUCUACUUUCAGCUUUGUGGCGAAGACUACAGGUGGUGGUGGAGAAGUUUUAUAGUGAGCGGAGGCUCCGCAGUCUAUGUUUUGGCGUAUUCUGUAUUUUAUUUCGUAACUAAAUUGGAAAUAACUGAAUUAGUGCCAACUUUGAUGUACUUCGGUUACACGGGUUUGAUGGUACUGACCUUCUGGCUUCUUACCGGAACGAUUGGAUUCUUUGCAGCGUAUUCCUUUAUUGGAAAAAUCUACGCCGCUGUAAAGAUAGACUAGUCAUAAUGAAAAAUAGUGUCGCUUGCAUUCAAGCACUUCAAUGACACAAUAAAUAAUCCUCAUGAGAUUAUGGAAAUGAGCAUUUCGUCCCUGGUAAGGAAACUUUUUGUAACCAAAACUUACACAGGCUGGUUCUACCUAAUUUUUCUUUUUUCUUCACUCUUAACGAUUUUUUUUUUCUCCGUAUAAAUGUGUGUACAAAAUACUUCUACACAAUAACCUUACGACAUUUUAGGCUUUACUUCAAUCUUGUUGUUCUAUUCUUGAAAAAAAAAAAAUAAAUAAUUAAAUAACUGAAAUAAAUUGUAAUAAGCAAAUUCUUAUCUCGUCGCGUGAAAGUAAAAUAAUAUUUUCAUUCCGGUACCAAAAGAGUAAUACAAAAACCAUGUUUUUCUAACGUAAAUGAUGAACACGCAAUCAGCUAAUUGAAAACAACGGAGUUCAAACUCGAUAUUUCGUUCUUCAAAAUUCAACAGCAAGAAACUAUUAAAAAAAAAGCAGAAAAAGGUGUUCUGACGGCUCUGUAGUAUAGAUAUAAAAUAAUGUUGACGAUCCCGACCCCAGACCUUACAACAAUAUUACUA